AUGCUAGGCACAACAACUACAACAUGCAACCACAACGACCUUGCCGUGGACAUUCUCGCAAAUCUGCCAUUACUAAAACUCUACACCCAGAUAUGCCUCUGUUAUCCUGUGGCGGAUGCUUCCUCACACCCUGCAAUCAUCGACACACUGAAAAGGGGCCUUGAACGACUAUCUUCAAGCUUUCCCUGGGUGGCCGGUCAAAUCGUAAAUGAGGGUGCAAGUGAAGGCAACACGGGCGUCUUCAAGAUUAAGCCGUUGGACAGAGUUCCUCGACUGGUUGUUAAAGAUCUGAGAAAUGACCCUUCAAUACCAACAAUGGACGCUCUUCGACAGGCUCAUUUCCCCAGCAGCAUGCUGGACGAGAGCGUUGUUGCGCCCCGCAAGACCAUCCCACCCCCUGAUGAGCCCAGCGACUCGGAUCCGGUCUUCAUCGUGCAAGCGAUUUUCAUUACUGGUGGUCUGUUGCUGGCUUUUGUCGGUCACCAUAUGGCAAUGGACAUGACGGGCCAGGGGCAUCUUAUGCGGUUGCUGUCAAAGGCCUGCCGCAAUGAGCCUUUUUCCGAGCAGGAACUUUCGUCUGUCAAUCUUGCCAGACACAAUCUUAUUCCUCUGCUAGAUGACUCUUACCAGCCAGGUCCCGAGAUUGCGCGGCAUAUUCUGAAGCCUCUCCCAGCUCAGACUACCUGCAAUGACCCCUCAGACGAGCGAGGACCUCCUCCACCUCCUCACCCACCUAAAUGCACUUGGACAUUUUUCAGUUUCUCACCUACCGAUCUCGCCAAAUUGAAGUCCCAUGCUACAAAGACCGCCACCACAGGCUUCGUCUCAACCGACGACGCCCUGAGCGCCUUCAUCUGGCAAGCUGUUGCCCGCGUACGUCUUCCACGUCUAGGCUCCAGAGCCGAAUUGACAUUCGGCCGCGCCGUCGACGUACGGAGUUAUUUGGGCGUGCCAAAGACAUACCCCGGCUUGUUGCAAAAUAUGACGUACAACAGCUCCACGCUUCAGGAACUCGUCGAGGAGCCGCUGGGCGUGAUCGCAUCUCAGCUCCGGUCCUCUCUCGAUCCUGAAGCUUUGGCGUAUCAGACCCGUGCCCUGGCGACUUGUUUCGCUCGAACCCCUGAUAAGAGCAUUUUCUCAUUUGGGGCGUCGAUCGACCCGUCAAGGGACAUGAUGCUUAGUUCUUGGGCUAAGGUCAAUUGCUAUGAGCUUGAUUUUAAUCUUGGACUGAGCACGCCUGAGUGUGUGCGCAGACCGCGGUUCCUGCCUGUUGAGGGCUUGAUGUAUCUUAUGCCCAAGGCGUUGGAUGGUGAGAUUGCUCUUAUGGUAUGUCUUAGGGAUGAUGAUUUGGAGAGGUUGAAGGAGGAUGAGGAAUUUGUUAAGUAUGGGAAGCAUAUCGGGUAG